CGCAAGCUUGCUUUGGAAGUCAUUUGUCCAUCAGUUUUCUUCAGUAUUUCUUCAGUUGCCUAACGGUGUAUAUUCGUGUUCAAAAUGAAGUGCGAUGCUGUCGUUGAGAAAAUCAAGGCCCGUGUUGCCGGAAUCGACGCUAACGGUCCCCGUAAGGUGCUAGGAGUCUUCCAGUUAAAUAUUGAAGCUGCCGAUGGUUUGCACGAACUUGUUGUUGAUCUGAAGGGCCUGAAGGUAUACGAGGGUAAAGCUUCGGGAGCCGAUGUGGUGAUCAACAUGAAGGACGAUGACUUCAUUUCCGUCGGAACCAAGACUGUCUCGGUGCAUGAUGCCGUUGAGCAGGGAAAGAUCAAGAUGACUGGCGACGAGGCUCUCUUCCAGGCUCUAGUAGAUGCGAUCUAAACCGGGCACAAUCAGUUCAGAAACUUUUUUGUCAAUAAUGAUCU